AGGUCAGCCAGCAAGUGGAGCCAGAUCUGCUAAGCAGGAGCCUUCACCAUGGAGCAGCUGAGUUCAGCCAACACCCUCUUCGCCUUGGAGCUGUUCCACACCCUGACUGAGAGCAACCCCACAGGAAAUGUCUUCUUCUCUCCCUUCAGCAUUUCUUCUGCCUUGGCCAUGGUCUUCCUGGGGGCCAAAGGCAGCACUGCAGCCCAGCUCUCCAAGACUUUCCAUUUUGACUCUGUGGAGGACGUCCAUUCACGCUUUCAAAGCCUGAACGCUGAAGUGAGCAAGCGGGGAGCAUCUCACACUCUGAAACUUGCUAACAGACUGUAUGGAGAGAAAACCUACAAUUUCCUCCCUGACUUCUUGGCUUCAACCCAGAAAAUGUACGGUGCUGACUUGGCCCCUGUGGAUUUUCAGCAUGCCUCUGAGGAUGCCAGGAAGGAGAUAAACCAGUGGGUCAAAGGUCAAACAGAAGGUAAAAUCCCAGAACUGUUGGCUGUGGGUGUGGUAGACAGUAUGACCAAGCUUGUGCUAGUGAAUGCCAUCUACUUCAAGGGAAUGUGGGAGGAGAAAUUCAUGAAACGAGACACAACAGAUGCUCCAUUCCGACUGAACAAGAAAGACACAAAAACAGUGAAGAUGAUGUAUCAAAAGAAAAAACUUCCAUUUGGUUACAUUUCGGACCUGAAGUGCAAGGUGCUGGAGAUGCCUUACCAGGGUGGAGAACUUAGCAUGGUUAUACUGCUGCCUGAAGACAUUGAGGAUGAGUCCACAGGUCUUAAGAAGAUUGAGGAGCAAAUAACUUUGGAAAAACUACGUGAAUGGACCAAAAGUGAGAACUUGGAAAACAUUGAUGUCCAUGUCAAAUUGCCCCGGUUCAAGAUAGAAGAGAGCUACAUCCUCAACUCCAACCUGGGUCGACUGGGAUUACAGGAUCUCUUUAGCAGUAGCAAGGCUGAUCUGUCUGGCAUGUCAGGAUCCAGAGAUCUUUUCGUCUCAACAAUUGUCCACAAGUCCUUUGUGGAAGUGAAUGAGGAGGGAACAGAGGCAGCCGCUGCCACGGCAGGCGUUGUCGCAUUCUGCAUGUUGAUGCCUGAGGAAGAAUUCACAGUGGACCAUCCAUUCAUUUUCUUUAUCCGGCACAACCCCACAGCUAAUGUGCUCUUCCUUGGCAGGGUUUGUUCCCCAUAGAAGAAGGUGACUUUAGAGAUACAAGGCAGAGCUUAGGGUUUCAUUGCCUGAGAUUUUAAUAGUGAUUACUUUCAUUUGUACUCGACAAUGAAACCUCUAACCAGAAA